AUGUCACUAGGCCUCGAGUCGAACCCAAGCUAUAUCAACCUCAACGCGCGCGUGCAAGAUCAAGGGGAAGAGGGUGAGAGAGCAAUCUUGAACGAAUCGGAAGACGGCUCGGAGAAGGAUAUCGCUGAAGAAGUACGCCGGAGUACUAGUACCAGUGACAUGCUGCAUGUAGACGCAGAGCGUUCGACGCAGCCUCACGGGCCCCACCAGGAUGGUAUUGACCACGCUGCGAGUGUAGUGUGA